GCAAAUUUUUGACAGCGUGACUUGUGAAAUUUGUGGUGGCGAAAGCAUAAAAGAAAACAGUGGUGUGAAAAUAGGGCUUUUCUUGUGGAAAUACCUAGAAAAUAUAGAUUGUUUACUGUUAGAAGUGUAAUUGAACAUCUAGAGCAGCCAUGGAUAAUCGAUUUGAUGCGGUAAAUGAAUUCGAUCGGGGAAAAAUUGUGAAAAUGGAAGUGGACUACUCAUCGACGUGCGAUGAGAAGAUUCCUUUGUGCAAGGAAAUGGCCAAGAAUGAGGCUAAAUUCCACGAAGCAAUUGAUAUUCUGCUGCAGCUGGAGAAGCAAACUCGCCUUGGGGCAGAUAUGAUCUCAUGCUCCAGGGUUCUGGUGGCUAUUUGUCAGAUAUGCUUCGAAGCAGGCAAUUGGAAUGCCCUGAAUGAGUACAUCUCAUUACUGGUGAAGCGUCGUUCGCAGCUUAAGCAAUCAGUGGUGAAGAUGAUCCAGGAAUGCGCAACAUAUGUGGACAAGACACCUGACAAGGACACGAAGCUCAAGCUCAUUAAUACGCUGAGAACAGUGACGGAAGGGAAGAUCUAUGUGGAAGUUGAGAGGGCACGACUCACACAAAUCCUGGCUGGGAUUAAGGAAGCCGAUGGGGACAUCUCAGGCGCUGCAAGCAUUAUGGAAGAGCUCCAGGUGGAGACAUAUGGAUCAAUGGCCAAGAGGGAGAAGGUUCAGUUGAUUCUGGAGCAAAUGCGUCUCUGCCUGGCCAAGCAGGAUUUCGUCCGCACUCAAAUCAUUGCCAAGAAAAUCAGCACGAAGUUCUUCGAUGAUCCCGAGCAGCAGGAUCUCAAAUUCAAAUACUACGGCUUGAUGAUUCGUCUGGAUCAGGAUUCAUCCUUCAUCCGGACAUCUCGGCAUUACCAGGCUGUCGUGGAUAGCGAAGUGAUCAGCAAUACGCCCGAAAAGAGGCAGAAGAUGAUGACCUUCGCCGUACUGUACUGCAUCUUGUCACCAUAUGACAAUGAACAGCAGGAUAUGAUGCACAAUCUGUCCAAGAAGAAGCUCCUCGAGGAGAUACCCAUCUACAAGGAACUCCUGCGCCUCUUUAUGUGCAAGGAGCUCAUCAACUUCAAAGCCGUAUCUAAUGUCUAUGGUCAGGAGCUACUGAGCUUUGAGAUUUUCAAUCAGGAAACUGCCCAUGGCAAGAAAUGCUGGGCUGAACUGAAGAAUCGUCUGAUUGAGCACAAUAUUCGAAUCAUCUCAAACUACUACACCCGGAUCAAUCUGCGACGCAUGAGUGAACUUCUCGAGUUGCCGGACAACGAAACCGAGGAUUAUCUCUCACGCCUGGUCAACAGUGGCACCCUCACGGUGAAAAUUGAUCGACCAUCUGGUGUUAUUCAUUUCGCCGCCAAGAAAGCCCCUUCGGACGUUCUCAAUGACUGGGCGUCCGGAAUCAAUGAACUCAUGAGUCUCGUCAACAAGACUUGUCAUCUCAUCAACAAGGAGGAGUGCAUUAACAAUGUCAUGAGCCCCUAAAGGACAUUUUUCUCCAAAAUCCAAUUUUUUUGCUAAAAUAAAAUCAUAACCUCAAAA